AGGGAAGAUGGGUUUAAGGUCACUCUAUGGACUCACCCUUUCAUAAAUUACAAUUCCUCCAAUUUUGGGGUGGGAAUUGAGCGUCAGCUUUUCAUCAAGGAGCCAUCGGGGCGGCUGCCGGCCAUGGUGGAAUGGUGGAACGGCAUCGGGGCCAUCCUGGACUUCACCAACCCAGCAGCCCGGGAUUGGUUUCAGAGCCACCUACGCCAGCUCCGACACAAGUACGGCAUCUCAUCCUUCAAGUUUGAUGCGGGUGAGACCAGCUACCUGCCCAAGCAGUUCAGCACCUUCCGCCCACUCUCGGACCCCAGCAUCUGGUCGCGGCGCUACACGGAGAUGGCCAUCCCCUUCUACGAGCUGGCUGAGGUGCGGGUGGGCUACCAGUCACAGAACAUCUCCUGCUUCUUCCGCAUCAUUGACCGUGACUCCGUCUGGGGCUACGAGCUUGGCCUCAAGUCCCUCAUCCCCACGGUGCUCACCAUCAGCAUGCUGGGGUACCCCUUCAUAUCCGCUGACAUGAUUGGAGGAAACUUCCUCCCCAACAAGACAGACGGGGCGGUGGAGAUCCCUGACCGAGAGCUGUACGUGCGGUGGCUGGAGCUGUCGGCCUUCAUGCCCUCCAUGCAGUUCUCCAUCCCACCCUGGCUCUACGACAAGGAGGUGGUGGAGAUUGCGCAGAAGUUCACAGAGCUCCACGAGUCACUGGUGGCCCCGCUGCUGCUGGAGCUUGCUGGGGAGGUCACCGACACGGGCGACCCCAUCAUCCGUCCCAUCUGGUGGAUCUCGCCCCGUGACGAGGCCACUCACAGGAUCGACUCCCAGUUCCUCAUUGGGGACACCCUCAUGGUGGCACCCGUCCUGGAGAUGGGCAAGCAGGAGCGUGACGUCUACCUGCCGGCGGGCAAGUGGCGCAGCUACAAGGGGGCGUUGUUCGAGAAGACCCCGGUGCUGCUCACAGACUACCCCGUUGACCUGGAUGAAGUUGCCUAUUUCCUCUGGGUUUCCUAACAGGCUCCUCCAUCAGCUUUGGGAUAACCAAUGCCUUACCUAGGACUUUGUAACAAAUAAUAAUUCUAAUUGCACAUUUUGUUUGAGACAGGGAUUGAGGAAGGGAAUU